AUGGGCAAUCCGCACGACCCAAAGGAGGGGACGGGAGUGACACCGUUCCACUUGGUUUAUGGAGGUAAAGCAGUCGUCCCUGUUGAAGUUGGAAUUGAGUCCGAUCGUCUGCAGCAGUAUAGCGAGGAGAACGCCGAGCGGAAACUCCUGGAGCUGGACUUGGUGGACGAAGCACGUGCCAAAGUAGUCGUCCGGCUGACGGCCUACCGACAGAGGAUUCGCCAGAACUACAAUAGGCGGGUAAUACCUAGAUCUUUUCAGGUCGGUGACUUCGUAUGGAAGAAGGUAAAGCCAGUCGGGGAUGUCACCAAGCUGGAGGCUCCUUGGGCCGGACCCUUCAAGGUCAUGGGAAAGCUCCGGUCGGGUGCUUAUUACCUAGAAGACGAGGACGGGCGGAGGAUUAAAAGCUAA